UCAACAUGCAAUUGUCAUGCAAUAUGGAAUAUGCACUUCAACUUCAUCAUUUUCUUAUAAACGAACACAAACUAGAGUUCUCAAAUGAGCAAAUCAUUUACAUUUUCUGAGAAAAGUCUCUCAUCAAUGGCCGAGAUCUCUGGUAUUACUGUUCGAACACAAACUACCAUCUUAAACAUCGAAGAUGGUGGAUCCAGUGGUGAUUCCCGGUCACCAGAUUCUCCCUAUCCUCUUAUAUCCAUAUCCUUCGUUCAAAAGUUGAUUGGUGAGUUCGUGGGGACAUUCUCUCUGGUAUUUGCGGGCUGCUCGGCAAUCGUGGUAAAUGAUACGUACGGAGAACAGGUGACACUUCCUGGCAUAGCUUUGGCAUGGGGUCUAACCAUAAUGGUUAUGACCUACUCACUUGGUCAUGUAUCGGGUGCACAUUUCAACCCUGCUGUUUCCAUUGCGCUUGCUUCUUCUAGAAAGUUUCCUUUUAAACAGGUUCCAAUGUAUAUUUCUGCUCAACUUCUCGGAUCAACCUUGGCGGCCGAAGCUCUCAAGCUCAUGUUCCAUCUGAAUAACGACGUUUGUAGCCUCAAAGGCGAUGUUUAUGUUGGAACACACCCUUCAGGUUCCAACAUAGCGACAUUCGUAGUGGAAUUCAUCGCUACUUUCAACUUGUUGUUUAUUAUCUCGGCUGUAGCUACUGAUAAAAGAGCAAAUAGAUCAUUUGCAGGCGUUGCUAUUGGUGCAACCGUAGUACUUGACAUCUUGUUCAGCGGGCCAAUCUCAGGAGCAUCAAUGAAUCCAGCAAGAAGCUUGGCUCCUGCUUAUAUAUGGGGAUGUUAUAAGGAUUUAUGGUUAUACAUAGUUUCACCGAUUAUCGGAGCAUUGGCAGGUGCGUGGACUUAUAAUAUAUUACGGUCUACAAAUAAAUCAUAUGGUGAGAUAAUACGCCGAAAUUGCAAUAAAGUUUCUUCGAACGAUCGUCAAGAACCAUCUCAAGACGAUUUCUGUAUUCUUCGAGUGGUUGAUCCGGAUAACCGGAAAGUUUUCAUACUUUCUUCCCCCACUGACAUUAACGACACAUGUAAUGUCACAUGCAAGUUGGUGUAAAAGAGGAAAAGACAUAUGUGUUGCAACAAUAUUUCAUAUGUCAGAUUUCUGGCCGUAAAGUUGUAUGGAAAAAAACUGAAUAAGUUGUUUAUAAGUAAUUUUCUAAAAUUUUAUAUGGAAAAA